AUGUCCAGAACGGCGACAGACGCAGACGAAGCGACGCCCUCGGAGACGUCAGCUGCGCUGUUACGCUCCCGCACCUUUCUCACGACGCGGCUCCUCCCCGACCUCGAUGGGGCUCAGACGCGCCUCGAUGCCAUCCUGGCCGAGAUUGCAGCGUACCAAGAUCUGCGGAAUACGCUGAGGUCUUUGGAUCCCGACCUCGCUCAAACCACACCACAAAAGGGAGCAGAGGAGAAGAGCAAGGGCAAGGUGGAGAAGAAGGCGAUUGCGGAAGUGGGUCAGGGCAUACUCGUCCAGACGAACCUACAAAUGGAAAAGGACCCGCUCGUCUCGCUCGGUCUAGGCGGCUUCUACGCCCAACUCUCCAACCGACAGGCCAGAGCGUUUAUCACCAAGCGCCUAGAGAUCCUAGACAGGAAAAAGGACCUGGCCUUCGACAAGGUCGCCCAGAUCGAGGCUCAUGUCCACCUCACCUCGACGUCGAUAUCGCAGCUCGACAAUCUCUUCCGUGGCGGAAGCAUCGUCGACGACCUCUGA